GUCGACGACGGAAAAAUUUAAAGAUCCUAUAACGAUUUCAAAAUUACCUUCGGAAUGUUUUGAUGAAAUAUUUAAGUAUUUAAAAUUUGAUAGACGUUCAUUAUAUUCAUGUCUUUUUGUAAAUAGAUUUUGGUGUCGAAAAGUUAUUCCGAUAAUUUGGAGAAGACCUAUGCCAUAUAAUCCGACGAGAAUGAAUAUAAUUAAUAUCGAGGUUUUUAUUCCUUUCUUUAACGAAGAAGAAAAAUCAUAUUUAAUUAAUGAAGGAAUUGAUUUUUCAAAAUUAUCGGACCGUCCAUUUCCUUUAUUUAAUUAUGCACAAUACAUACAUAUUCUUGAUGUUGGAGCAAUUGAGACGGCAACGGUAACAUGGUUUAAUAAGUUAAAAUUACAACAAUCUGGCGAAACUUCAAAUUCUUUAAGCACAGAAACGGAAAGUUCAGAAGUUAAAUGUAAAGAACUUGAUGGUGAAGUUACAACGUUACAAACCGAAACUCCAGCAUCACAAGCAACAAAUGCUAUGGUAGAUUCUUUAUGUAAAAUAUUCAUGAGAAGCGCAUCUAAUUUGAAAUAUCUUAUUCUAAGUCCUUAUAAGGUUAAUAAGGAUAUACCAAAGAGCAAUAUUUUUGCGGAUAAUGAACCUGGAUUAGUCAAUUUACGAAAACUUAAACUUCGAUUUUAUACGAACUCGUUAUGUCAGCAUGAACAACGAGGAAAUUUAUAUGACCUUUUAAAAUUAUUGCCAAAUAUAUGUAAUGGACUUGUUCAUUUGGAUAUAAAUAGAAUAAAGAUUCCAAAUUAUUCGACUGCUGAAAUAUUGGCAGGAUUAAUUACGUCGCAACCUGAAUUAACUUAUUGCCGAUUUUAUAAGGUUUAUGGAGAAAUUUGUUUGUUAAUUAAUGUUUUACCAGUUCAUAAAUUGACACAUUUGGUAUUGGAUGAUAUGAUAUUUUCAGGAAUUUCUUUAACUUCACUUUAUCAAUGUACAAGGUUGGAAUCUUUAGUUCUAAGAAAAUGUCGUUCUUUAACGCUUGAAUCAAUUCAACCUAUUCUUAAUGCUUCUAUUAGAUUAAAAUUUUUGCAUCUUAGUGAAUUGCCAAAGGAGGUUGUGAAAGCUAUCUUUAUUAAAGCGGGUGAUGCGUUGGAACAAGUUUCAGUUAAAUUUAUAUCUGAUGAUAUCAACGAAGGACUUGAAACGCUAGUUAAUCAUUGCCAAAAUAUUACACAUUUAUCUUUAAAUGCUGAUUAUGGUCGUGUUGACAUAGCAAGUGUAAUAACUUUUAUAAAUCAUUUAAAAAAUCUUAGUCAUUUGAAAUUAGAUCUUGGAAUGAUUGAUGAUAAAGCUGAAUUAGAUAAUGAAUUUUCGAAACUUGGGUUAGAAAAAUUGCAAUAUUUAGAAUUAAUGAAUAUAGGCGUAAAAGGUUUACAAGGUUAUUUAUCUAAAUGCUGUUCACCAUUAUCAACUAUAAUUAUGGAUGCUAUUGAGGAAAAAAAUAUUAAGAUAUUUUCAGAUUUUUCAAAAGAAAAAGAUUCUUUGAGAUGGGUUGGAAUUGAUUACAUUUUUGGAGCGGAUAUUUAUGAUAAAUAUGUAGAAACUUGUAAAAUGAAUGAUUUAGAAGUUUGUAGAAAAAUGAAUGAAAUUGCUGAGGGUAAUUUUAAAGUAUUUCCUGCUAAACAAGUGAGAAUUAGGGAAAAAUAUUUUUAAUUAAUUAUUACAUUUGAGCUAUUAAUAUAAUAUUACCCUGGAUCGAAUGGUUUAUUCUGUCCAAUAAUUAUCAUAAGCCAUCUUUGAGAUUGUUCGCGUCAUGUCUUAAAUUAUUGAAACCUCCUAUAAUCAUCUGUUGUAUGUCAAUGUCAAUAUGUUCGUUGGGUUCAAUAAUUAUUAAUGAAUGACAUUAGCAGAUGCAGUAGUAAAUUAAUGAGACCUUUAUUUAUAUAGAGUAUCUAAUGUGUUAAAAAGUGAGAGACCAUUAGUCAUGUUACUAGACAACGUGAAAAUAAUUUUUUUUUUAAGGAUUCCUUAAUGUAAUGUUACAAUCAAAAUAAUUCAAACUGAGAUCUAUCCAAUAAAAUUUGGAUUUUUA